AUGACAAACGUUAGCCUUGUUUUCUCCCCUGUUCUGCCACUCAACAGCUUUGGCAAUGUGUUGAUGUUUCUUUUCAGCGUUUUUCUGGCCGCAGCUAUUAUUUUCCUGAACGUGUCCGUGUCCGUCUCCAUCCUGCUGAGCAGCGCGCUGCGCGGCGAGAACCGCUUCAUGUACAUGCUGAGUACCUGCCUCAGUGACAUCUGCACCGGCGUUUCUUACUACUAUGUAGGCGUCCUGGAUGUGAGGGACAGUUUUCGGUCCCCCACCGGAACCUUUCACAUCGUGCCCACAUUUCUGGGCCUGUCUUUCAUGGCCAUCCUGGCUGCGCAGGCAGACCGGUACCACGCGGUCGCGUCCCCCUUCAAAUACGGCCAGCGCAUGACCCGCAACAGGACCCUGGUGGUCAUCGUCUGCUACUGGCUCUAUGCUUUCUGCAUCGUGGCUGCUACCAACUUGGUUCAAGCUGGAGUGGCCCUUCAGAUCGUGAGCAUCGGUUCGUUUGCGGGGAACAUAGUGACAGUGGGCAUAAUGAUCGGCCUGAAUGUGAGACUGUUCAUCAUCGCCACUUUCCACAUGGGGAGAGAGCCUCCCUCCGAGGAGAGGGACAGCAAGAGGUCAUCGGUGCGGCUCAUACUGGUGGUGGCCGGCUUUUUCCUGGGGGCCUGGCUCCCUUUGUUUUGUUAUAUGAUUGCUUGUUAUUUGAUUUCUGCGCCAUGCUACACCUUUAAGAAUGAUGGCACGGAUCCUCUUCGCAUUUUGCCCCGAGUCAACGCCGCCCUGACCCCGAUCCUGUACCUGAGAGGGAGCAGUGCGCUCAGGGCGACGCUCUUCUCUCAGGUGUGGAGGUGUUGGAAAAGGAGGUGA